GCCUAUAAGGUUACCAUUAUGUGAUCAGAUGAUUACGAAUCUAAGCCGUGAAAAUAGAUCCUUAUAAUCCAUCCCUGCCCGACCCCACCCCCACCCCCACUUCCUUACUCAAAUUUUCUCUAUGCUUGUCACUUGACAAUCCUCAAUAUAAAAGCCUCAACAAUUUUCUCCUCUUCUUCCCUUUCUACCCACCCCAUAGCAAAAAAAAAAGAGAAUGUCUAGCUCUACACAAUUUUCUCCAGUUAUUCAACAAUUACACUCAAGAAAAUCAACCCCAUAUUCGAUUUCAAUCCUCAAAGUUCCAAGAUUGCUACUUUUACCCCCAAUUUCUUUAAAUUGUUCAAGAAUUCAUUUGAACUUUAAGGUAAAAGCUCAAGUUUUGGAAAAUCACCAUGAAGGUGGAAUUGAUGAUUCACCUGCUUCAGUUGAGUUACAACCCAUUUCUGGUGAAUCACAGUUUGAUAGGAUCAUUGCUGAUGCACAACAGGUUGAUGAAUCUGUUGUAAUUCUAUGGAUGGCAAACUGGUGCCGCAAAUGCAUAUACUUGAAACCAAAAUUGGAAAAAUUGGCUGCUGACUACUUUCCAAGAACACGCUUUUACUCUGUUGAUGUCAAUAAUGUUCCACACAAGCUUGUGGUUCGCGCUGGAGUAACUAAAAUGCCAACCGUACAGUUAUGGAGGGAUGGGAAGAAACAGGCGGAAGUAAUUGGCGGCAACAAAGCGUAUUUAGUCGUUAGUGAGGUCCGCGAUAUGAUUGAAAAUGAAGAUAAUUUGUGACUUUAGAUGCCUGCCAUUCAAGAACUUUUACUUUAGAUGUACUUUUGAAAGGGUAACAAUACACAGAGAUUGACUUUGUUUUUUUUUCUCACAUUCAAAGAGGAAGGUGUUUAUUAUGUCUUCUCCUGUAUACUUUUGAAAGGAUAUAUGAAGUUGGUCUGGUGCAAUAGUCCAAUAUUAUAUUUCAA